UCUCUCUCUCUCUCUCUCUCUCUCUCUCUCUCUGUGAUGUAUGUCGUCCGGCCAUGAACAACCUGAACCUCCGCCUGGCGGCGCUGCCGAACCCCAUUUCCCUCGUCCGCGACCGCGAGGAGUGGUGGCGUCAAAUCCUCGACCCCAGUGGCGAAAUCGUGAAUAGAUGGAAUCGGAUCUUCUUCGUGACGUCACUAAUUGCCCUGUUCGUCGACCCGCUCUUCUUCUACCUGCUGGGAUUCAAUUCCGAUCAAAACUGCCUCACCAUGGAUUACGCAUGGGCCGGAUUCCUCGUCGCCACCCGAACCAUAAUAGAUCUCUUCUCCGCCCUCCACAUCGCCAUUAAAUUCCGCACCGCAUACGUUGCCCCGAAUUCACGCGUUUUCGGCAGAGGCGAUUUGGUUAGGGAUCCGUCGAUGAUUGCUGUUCGAUAUCUCAAAGGGGGUUUCGCUGUUGAUCUCGCCUCCGCUCUUCCCCUCCCCCAGUGUGUUGCUUGGGGUGUUAUGCCGUUUACGAAAUCAAGUACGAGCGCUCACGUAAAUCACGCCAUUUCAUUACUAAUCAUCCUUCAAUACAUCCCGCGACUCAUCGUUAUUUUCCCGUUAAAUUGGCGAAUUAUAAAAAACACGGGCGUUGUCGCUAAAACGGCUUGGACUGGUGCAGCAUACAAUCUCCUUCUCUACCUGUUAGCAAGUCAUGUUUUAGGAGCAGUGUGGUAUUUGAUGGCCGUGGAAAGAAUAUUCUCGUGCUGGAAGCUGCAGUGUAGGCAUGAAAGAGACGAGGGCGAUUUUUGUAAGGUUACGUAUCUCGAUUGUGCGUCGUCUGGACCCGAUCACGACGUUUGGUUUAACGCGACCGACGUAUUUAAAAAAUGUGACGGCAAAUCGAGCGACUACAACUUUGGACUGUUUGCUUAUGCUCUUGAAGAUGAAGUUCCUUCCGCAAGUUUAAUCGAAAAAUACUUUUACUGUCUCUGGUUCGGUUUAAGAAGUCUCAGUUCGUACGGACAGAGUCUGGAGGCAAGUGCGUAUAUAGUCGAGACGAUAUUUAGUAUUCUUAUAUGCCUUAUGGGGUUAGUCUUCUUCGCGUUGCUGAUCGGAAACGUGCAGACAUAUCUACAAUCUACAACAGCAAGACUUGAAGAAUGGAGGGUGAGAAGAAGAGAUACCGAGGAAUGGAUGAGGCAUCGGCAACUACCUCCGGACCUACAAGAUCGUGUGCGUCGAUUCGUGCAAUACAACUGGCUCUCAACAAGAGGCGUAAAGGAAGAAGACAUUCUCCAAGCUUUACCUCUUGACCUUCGACGCGAAAUUCAGAAGCAUCUUUGCCUAGAUCUUGUUCGUCGUGUCCCUUUCUUCUCACAAAUGGACGACCAACUCUUGGACGCAAUAUGCGAGCGUCUCGUUUCAUCCCUAAACACGAAAGGCACGUACAUCGUGCGAGAGGGAGACCCGGUCAACGAGAUGCUCUUCGUAAUCAGAGGUCAGCUCGAGAGCUCGACGACGGAUGGCGGAAGAUCCGGAUUCUUCAACUCCAUAACCCUAAAACCGGGAGACUUUUGCGGCGAAGAACUCCUCACGUGGGCCCUCAUGACAUCAUCGAACGUAAACCGUCCGGCCUCCACACGAACCGUCAGAUGCACCACCGAGGUAGAAGCCUUCGCCCUUCGAGCGGACGACCUAAAAUUCUUCGCCAAUCAAUUCAAGAGGCUCCAUAGCAAGAGGCUGCAGCACUCGUUUCGGUACUAUUCGCAUCAAUGGAGGACUUGGGGCGCUUGCAUUCUGCAAGCUGCGUUUAGACGGCACCGGAGGAGGAAACUCGCGGAGGAACUUUUGAGGCACGAGAGUAUGUGUUACAUGCAUUUAUCGGACGACGAUUAUGAUGACGACGACGGGAGUCGUUCGUCUAAUGACUAUGCUUCGGCCGAUAGUAAACCGCUUGCGGCUACUAUAUUGGCUUCGAAAUUUGCUGCGAAUACGAAGAAAGGGGCCGUGCAGAAAGUGAGAUUCGUUGAGCCCGGAGAUUCUAGCUUACGAAUGCCUAAGCUUUUUAAACCCAAUGAUCCGGAUUUUUAGGUAAUUAUUUAGAACCGAAAGAUGGCGCUCUAGGGAUUAUUCCUCUCGCGCGGGUCGAAAUGGCUCCGGUUGAAGCCCGCUCGUUGGAGUAAGAACAAAUGAGACAACAAGCAAGUCGAAAGUAGUAGGUUUUU